GGUUUCACAGGGGCGUUUGCUGGCGAGACCCUGGGCCCUGCGCCAGGUGCCUAGCAGCCUGAAGGCGGGAUUCAGUCCCUCGGAGGGGCAUGGAAAGGAGACCCCUCAACCCUGGUUCUGGAGCCCCUGAGACCUGCGUUGGAAACCGCCCCCGCGCCAAACUCUGGCCUCCAAACCCGGCGCUGGCCUCAGCGGGGAGGCGGUGCUGAGCCCGAGUCCUCUUCUGGAGAGCAAGGGACUCAAGGCCUGGAUGGACCUGCAACCCUGCAGGGGGCGCCGCGCGGGGGUCCGGUGCCGGGCGCCCCUCUCCCUCGUCCGGGACUGCAGGGGCGCGGAGCUCCCGGGAGAGCCGGGUUCCAGAUUCCUCCCUAGUGCUUCUGCGGUGUCGCAGCUCCAGAGCUCCGACCACAAGCCUCUCCUGACCCCUGAUGCCGCCGUGGGAUGAGGGAUUCAGACCCCAGAUCUGCAGUACUCCGCUUGGUGGCCACGACCCCCUAAGGCGCGAGCAGGGGCGGAGUCUCGGUGGGCGGGGCCCCAGGCCACGCCCCGGCGCUGUCCUCGGUCUCCAAGUCUGCCGGGCGGCUAACGCCGAGAGCCGCUCGCCGCCCGGGGUCUAUGGCGCGGCCCCCUGCGCCGCCCGGUCGGCCCCGAGCCUGCGCUUCGAACAGGGGCCUCAGUUUCCCUAAAAGGUCUUCCCGGGGCACUAAGCGCCGCCCCGACUCCUCCCAGCAGCCCGAGUCGCGCGUCCUCGAUCCCGCCUGACCCGAUUCCGGAGAUGGCGACCCCGUGCCCCGGUAGCGAGGUCAAGUGUGGGGUGGGCCGCGGCGCCAGCGUCCCAUGGGACUUUCUGCCCGGCCUGAUGGUCAAGGCCCCGCCUGGACCCUGCCUGCAGGCGCAGCGCAAGGAAAAGUCUCGCAACGCGGCGCGCUCGCGGCGCGGGAAGGAAAACCUGGAGUUCUUCGAGCUGUCCAAGCUGCUCCCGCUGCCGGGCGCCAUCUCCAGCCAGCUGGAUAAGGCGUCCAUCGUGCGCCUCAGCGUCACCUACCUCCGCCUGCGCCGCUUCGCCGCGCUCGGGGCGCCGCCUUGGGGGCUGCGGGUCCUGGGGGCCCCGGCCGGGCUCGCCCCCGGCCGCCGGGGCCCCGCAGCUCUGGUCUCCGAGAUCUUCGAGCAGCACCUGGGAGGACACAUCCUGCAGUCCCUGGACGGCUUCGUGUUCGCCUUGAACCAGGAAGGAAAAUUCCUGUACAUCUCCGAAACCGUUUCUAUCUACCUGGGUCUCUCACAGGUGGAGCUGACAGGCAGCAGCGUCUUCGACUACAUCCACCCCGGGGACCACUCUGAGGUGCUGGAGCAACUGGGGCUGCGGGCCCCGACCUCCGGCCCUCCCACCCCGCCUUCUGUCUCCUCUUCUUCCUCCUCUUCUUCCUCGCUGGCGGAUACCUCUGAGAUUGAUGCCAGCCCUGCCGAGGCGCCCCCUUUCGCCCAGGUCCAGGAACGCUCCUUCUUUGUCCGCAUGAAAUCCACCCUCACCAAGAGGGGGCUACAUGUCAAGGCCUCGGGGUACAAGCAGGUCAUCCACGUGACAGGGCGCCUGCGCGCCCGUGCGCUGGGCCUUGUGGCCCUGGGCCAUACGUUGCCCCCAGCCCCUCUGGCAGAGCUGCCUCUCCAUGGACACAUGAUCGUCUUCCGCCUCAGCCUGGGUCUCACCAUCCUUGCUUGUGAGAGCAGAGUCAGUGACCACAUGGACCUGGGGCCCUCAGAGCUGGUGGGCCGCAGCUGCUAUCAGUUUGUCCAUGGACAGGAUGCCACCAGGAUCCGCCAAAGCCACCUGGACCUGCUAGACAAAGGCCAGGUGAUGACUGGUUACUACCGCUGGCUGCAGCGUACGGGCGGCUUCGUGUGGCUGCAGUCCGUGGCCACUGUGGCUGGGAGCGGAAAGAGCCCUGGGGAGCACCACGUGCUCUGGGUCAGCCACGUGCUCAGCCAUGCUGAAGGUAGCCAGACACCUCUGGACACCUUCCAGCUUCCAGCCAGCACCAUCUGUGAGGACGUGUCCAGUCCCGGGUCAGAGCCCACUGACGGGGGACCUCCGGCAGAAGGGAAGCAGGCUGCUCCUCCAGACCAGGAUGAUGACCCCCAAGUCCGGGCUAAGCACAUCAAAGUGGAGCCUCGAUCGCAGGAAGCCAGGGGCUCAAAGGACAGCGGGGAUGAGGAAGCCACCGAGCAGCCUCGAGCAAUGCGACCCGGGUUCACGUCCGUCAUCCGGGGUGCACUGCGGCCAUGGGGCCCUGAACCUCCUCGAGACCCACCGCUGUCCCUGCCACCGUCACUGCCACCCGCUCUGCUGCCUGCGGGCUUCCUGCCGCCGGUGGUACGCGACCUCUGCGCACCUGGUGCCAUCCGCUACGCGCCCGCUGAGCUGGGCCUUGUGUGCCCACGCCUGCCCAGCGCCUUCUGCCCCACACUGGGCCUGCCCUGUUCUGGGCUCGGGCUUGCAGGCCCCAGAGCACAGCAGAAGGGGGACUGAGGACCGCGGGCCCCCCCCCCAUCCUCCAUCUCCUCCCUCCUCCGUCCCGCUCCGCUCGCGCUCUUCUUCCCUCCCCUCCCCCUCCUCCUCGAUGCUCUCCAUCGCCCCCUCCAGGCCCUGUUCUCCAAUCGCGCCUUCCCCAAGGAACAGGAGCCACCACUCUGAGUCUGGAGUCUGGAGCUCGGGCAGCUCAGUGUUUAAUGUCCCAGUCCUCGGGCCGAUCUGUCCUCACAGCCCUGCUGCUCACUCUGAUGGAGGCCGGCUGGCUUCAUCGGGACCUUCGGUGGUGGCUGCCCCAUCAUCAUCGGGCACCAGUUCUACGUCGAGCUCAAGCUGGCCCAUGUAGAGGCCCACGGCGCAGGCCCACAAUAGGCUGGCAGCCAGGACUGCACUCACACCAGCGGCUGCGCCCCCCAGCGAUAGUUGCAUGGGCCCACGCAGCGAGGCCAGUCCCACAGCGUAGGAGGCGCUGCCCCACACCACGCACAGGCCACCCAGCAGGAAGAAGCCUGCAGAGAGGGAGAGGGAAAAGGGGGUUGGAGGGGUCAUCAGCUCCGGCAGAGAGGCCAGGGAACAAACCCAAUGGGGCAGGCACAGCCAUCAGGGUGUCAAUGUCUUGGGGGGGGGGGUCUGGAGCCAGCACCCUCCACCCCCUGGCUCUGGACACCGGAUCUCUAAGAGGUAGCAUUAGACCCAUGUCCUGGGCCACUAGUGGCAGCCAGAGGAUGAUGCUUAGGGUCCACACUUAAAUUCGGGCCCAGAGCACCCUCAGUCCCUUGAAGGGGUCAGCACUCACCAUAGGCAGCUUCCCGUCCCAUGUCACUUUGCAUGAAGGAGAUAACCCCGAUGCCUGAAGCCAGGAGGCCAUUGCGGAACCAGGACAGGAAGGCUGCAGAAAGAGGAAGAUGGGCGUCAGCCCAAGCACUGCCCCCAAAAACCCCCUUUGCCCAGUCAACCUGAGGGGCUUUUCCUUUUCUCCGUACUGUCCAGCCAACAGGCCAACCCACUCCAAAUCCCCAUCUCUUCCAGGAAGCCCCCACCAAAGGCCCCAUAAUCUCAUCUUCAUCUCCGAACUUCCCCCUCAAUUCUCCAACACCAAAGAUUCAACAUGACUCUGUGGAACCUAGAGGGCGAUCUAGAGCCAAAAGUGAAGAACCCUCUCUCUCCAAGUAGAAAGGCUCCACGGGGGCCAUCUCGGCCAAGCCGUCUCCCCAAGUGUAGCCCCAGCCUCCUUUUUUCUCAGACCCUUGGGACACAGCCCCCACGCAGGCCUCUCUCAGGCAUCCGCCUUGAUCUCCUUCAAACGCCACUGUCUCCUACAGUAUAGGACCAACUUAAAAGCGCCUACAUGUUCUCCAGUUCAAAUCCCCUACUCUAUCCUUAAUCCCACCGCCCUAUGGGUUCCGAUCUGUCAGCCCUCCCACCCGAGGCUCCUCCCCCAGAAGCCUCUUCUUCCAAUCAGCAGAGAGUCUCGCUCCUAUUGGCUGCGCCCUCCUCCAAUCCAGAGCUCCCCAUCUUCUACUGGGAGCUGCAUUCUACUGUGGCCGGAGUGGUCCUCUCGGCCACCCAAGCGGGUCCCUGUAGCGGGGAACCCCUUACCGUUAGCUGCCCAGGAGAAGUCCCCUCAUCGUGCAUGCGCAAUUCUGCCAGUCGUCUUCCUAGCCGAAUCGCCUGCCCUGCUCCCCACUGCGCCCCGCUGGCCCGGACCCCACCGCCUUUCGCACAAACCCCUGUCCUGUGCGCACAGCCUGCACCCCUGCAGUCAGCGUCUCUGCGCGGAUACGGAAGCCCCCGUCGCCCCGGUGCCCGGGCCCUGCCUCCAGCAGCGGCUGCAGCCUCGCGGCCCGCAUACGCGCUCGGCACGCUCGGUUGCGGAGUCCCCGCUCCCACCCGGCUCGACCCCAGCCCCUGCCACGGACCUGUCUCGUGAGCCUUCCGGAGGAGCCAGGCGUCCGCGCGGUCCAGCUCGGACACUGCGGGCGGCGAAGCUCCGGCGCGGGGACCGUGACCUGGGGCGAAGGAUCCCCGCGCGCCCCCGCUCCGGGGCCGCUGUGGAGGCAGCAGCGAGCCCCGGAAGCGAAGUCGGGCCAGGCGAGCGACCCGAGCCCACCACCAGCUGCCUCCCAUGGUUCACACUACGGGCCACCGCGCGCCGCUCCACCCCAUGGGGCGCCCGUAGGCUGUCACUCACAUCACUCAGGCGGAGCGGCUCACUAUUGGUUGCUUGCCCGCUACUCAGGCCCAGUAAGUGUUGUCCAUUGGUCAAAGCGGCGGUGGUUUCUUCCUCUGUCAUCUAUGCCGGUAGUGCGCAUCCCUCCUCGCUUUCGCCUCUGGACUACAAGUCCCGAAGGUCAGCGCCUUGGGGAGAAGGCGGGCUUCAAAGUCCCGGCGCGAGGUCUGCUGGACUUGUAGUUUUGUUUUGUUUGGAAAUGUAAUCUUAAAAAUGACUUUAGGACCGGGCAUAUUCAGCGGCACAACGACUGCCUAGCAAGCGCGAGGUCCUGAGUUCGAUUCCCCGUACCAAAAAGCUCUUUAAUGCCAGUGACCACAAAACAAAAACUCCAGGUUCUUAAAGUGCAAUAAAAACCGCAGAGUACCCAGACAGGAGAGUAAAACUCACCAAUAAUCUCAUCAAUGAAUGGUCCCUAUUUUGUUGUAUUACUGUAUGAUUCUAUGCAGAGAUAAAAUAAAAUGCCGUUUGACAAAUUA